AUGCAAAAGCUUAUUGUCGCAUUUGCCCUUGUUUCGGCUUCAUCAGCAUUCUUGCUCGGUGGUUUGGGAGGAGGAGGCGGCGGUGGCUGCGGAUGUGCUCCACCCCCACCCCCACCAUCUCCAUGUGGAUGUGGAGGCGGAGGCGGUUUGGCACUUCCACCACUUUCACUUCCAAGCUUCCAAUUGCCAAACCUUGGAGGAGGCGGAGGUUGCUGCCCACCACCCCCACCCCCACCAGCCCCAAUUAUUGCUCCACCUCCAGUCGCAGCCGGAGGAUACGCUGUUGCUCCACCACCUCCACCUCCACCACCACCAGUUGCCGUCGGAGGAUACGCCGCCCCACCACCUCCACCACCUCCACCAGCUCCAAUUGGAGGAGGAUACGCUCCACCCCCAGUCGCCGUUGGCCCACCACCAGUUGCCACCGGAGGAUAUGCCCCACCUCCACCUCCACCAGCUGUUGGUCUCGGAAACUCUUACGUCGGAAAGUAA